CUGUCGUGGGAGGAGUUUGAAGUGACUGACUCCAGCUGCUCCGUCUCCUCCUCCACCGGGGCCACUCGUCAGGUUCCCGGGGAUGAACGAAGCGCGUGUCCGCCUCGGACUCGGUCACAUCUGGACGAUGAGAGCGGCCGCAGCAGCUGCAGCUGCCCGGUGCGCGGAGCUCAGAACCCGCAGACUCGUCCCGCAACUUCCCCUGGAGUCCGGAGGAGACUGAGGCUUCUUGUCUGUUCUGUCACAACCAGAGGUGAGCGGACUGUUCCUCCUGCGCUGCGCCUUUACGCACGAGCUUCCACCUCAGCUCCAGUGGUUUGUCGUCAUGUCCCUGUGGGUGAUCCUCCCCGUCAGCCUGCCGGUCUUCACCAUCACUGGAAUAUGGCUCGUAUACGCGAUGGCCGUGUACAACCAGCACGUCUGCCCUGUGAACAACUGGCUUUACAACGAGUCGUGCGAGGAGCUGCUGCCGGUGCAGACGGGUCCCGUGCUGUGCUGCACCCUGGACAACGUCCCGCUCAUCAGUAAAUGUGGCACGCUGCCGCCCGAGAGCUGCUUCUUCAGCCUCAUCUGCAGCAGCGGCUCCUUCAUGGCGAUGCUGAUCGGCCUCCUGCGAUACGCCCACGUGAUCGAGAAGCACCAGAACUGCGUCCUCAACAUGGCCGCCCUCUCCACCGGCUGGAUCUGCGCCACCGGCCUCAUCAUGGUGGGCAACUUCCAGGUGGAUUUCGCCAAAGUCCUUCACUACGUCGGCGCCGGCGUGGCCUUCCCGUGCAGCACGUUGUUCGUGUGUCUGCAGUCGGCUCUGACCUACAGACUCGCCAAGACCCAGGACGAGUACCGGCUGGGACACCUGCGCGUCGGGAUGGCGCUGCUCGCCCUGGUCGCCCUGGUUCUCAGCGGCGUCUUCUUCUGCCAGGAGAGCUCGGCCCUGCAGCACGCCUCCGCCAUCUUCGAGUGGCUCUACUGCAUGAUCAUCAUGCUCUUCUACGGCACGUUCGCCUUCGAGUUUGGCGGCAUGUCGGGGGACACGCUGAUGGUGCUGUCCCGAGGAGGAGGGGGAGGAGGAGGAGGAGGAGGAGGGGGGCUGCAGAGCUUCUCCGCCUCCGAACACAAGGUGGACGUCGGCCAGCGCCAGCCGGAGAGUUUGUCGAUGCUGUAGCGCCUGAAGCCCGGAAGCUCCGUUCUCUCACGUUUACCCUGCUCCAGGAACGUCACGCUGCAAAACGUUGCACAGUGUGUUGUACAGUAAGCGGCUCUCUGAACACGAAGGGCAGCAAAGAAGACAUACAGCAACGUGUCCUUCGCCUUUUGCCCGACCGGACGUCCCGCCAGUGCCCUCAGGACGUCGCCCCCGGCCGCUCCGUGUUGUUCCCACUCAGGAAGUUCUCUUACAUCAUCGGCCUUCACUUCUUCUUUUUUACCUCAAUAGUAAAGUGAAAGUUUUCCAAAAAAAAUACCCUUUGGAUGGACGUUGUUGCUGCCAAGAACAAUGUGUUUCGUUGUUUUGAUAAAACAUUUGUGCCAAACAUCUGUCCUCACGUUAAAACAGAUGUUUCAUGUUGUUGUUUUUUUAUAUAUAUAGUUUAUCUUGUACUUCAAGUUUUAUUAUUAUUAUUAUUAUUUUAUCCACAGAAACAUUUGGUGAAUUUAUGGUGAUAUCACCCGAGCAGCUGACUCACGUUGCCAAGAUACGAUUUCAUAUUUUGUUAUUGUUCGUUGUUUCAGAGAAACUAAAAGUCGGCAGCAGCGGCGACGCGUUCCAGCUUUAAUGGGACCAAACUGUGAUGAACUAUUGGAUUAUGUUAUGAUCAUAUUUUGAAGUUUAACAGUUUAUGCAACAAACAAAAGAUUAAAGCAAAUGAGGGGGGGGGG